GUGGGGUGAAGCAAGGCACAAGCCCUGGAGAGCCGGGCAGCGUAGCCACCAUGUUCGAAUCAAGCGUAGAGAAAGCGAGAGCGAGCGAAGGAAGGAAACGAAGGAAGCGAGAGCUACGCUACACAAGCCAUGAGACGUAGGGAGUCAAGCGAGGAAGGGAGCGAGGGAGGGAUAAGUGGCGACCGGGUUCAUGGAGUGUGUGAGUGAGAUCAGCAGCUGCAAAGGGGCCACAAUUUUGCAGUCCGACCGGGGGGCGGAGGAGGAGGAAGAGGAGGAGGAGAAGGAGGAAUAGACUGACUGACUGAAUGAUGACUGAAUGACUGAAUGACUCGGUGGACCACACGCACGCGAGCGAGUCGGGCAUGCUAUGCUGGCUGAUACAUGGCACCACCUGGAGCCGUGACUCGCAGCUGACAAGAAGAAGAAGUAGAAGCAGAAGCAGAAGAAGAAGCCACGCGACGACGACGACGAAGAAGAAGACGAAGACGAAGACGAAGCUGUGUGUGUGAUCAUUCCAAGAUAACAUUUCCGUCAACUAUCGCACUCGCACUGCACACAUCACAUUCUGCUCUCUCUCUCUCUCUCUCUCUCAGGAGAUGGUGCUGGUGCUCGCGUGAGUGGUCAAAGGGGAUGCUCUCAUGCCCCGGCAUUCAGGGCGGGCCGGGGGAGACGGCGGAGAGGAGCUUCUUGAAGCGUCGGUGUCAACGUCACCAUCCAGGAGGUGCCGAACCACAUUAACAGCACGGUCAUCGUCAUCAGAGUCGGGGAUUGGAGCAUGGCCGCUGCUGCUGCCACAGCUGUUGACGGGGCUAUGGGGACGGGGAGUCGGAGGGCAGUGGUGAGAAGCGAGCGAUUUAUGGAGUGGCAACGAGAACUAAGCAGGUCCGUGUCUGCAGUUCGUAAGCUUGGGCAUACAAGUGCAUUGCUUACAACCGAAAGGCAAUCCAGCGACGAAGACAAUGUGAAGAUGCAGAGGCGGGAUGUUUCGGAGGAGAGGGAUGGAGAGGGUGAGGAAGCGGUGGCAGAUUCUGAGGGAGGAACUGAUGUGUCAGCCGGAAAUCAUCGACACAGGGGCAAGAAAACACAUCAGCGACAGCGGUCGGAUACUAAAAAGCCUCGAAAGGAUGAAGAUGGAGGGGAAAAGAAGAGUGGUUUGACGACCAUAAAGGAGUCAGCGACGGGUACAGAUGGCGAUGGAGGGAGGAUAAGACGAUGCAAGCAACAGGUGAACCAGGCACCCGCAGCCAAGCGGCCAGCACCCCAGGUGCCUAAUCAACAGCAUUUGCCUCCGCCCAUGGCUCGGGGGAGGCAACGACGUGUGCCCAGCUCAUUCACUCCGCCAAAGGAAGAUGUGGAGAGAGAGUUGCGAUCGUUGACAAGUGAUGAGCGCAGGAAUCGUGGCAAUGGGUCUGUGCCUACCACGACUGCAGCAGCGCCCACGAACAGCAGCAAAGGAGCGACAAAACGGUCAAAACGAGUGGCCCAACGUCUGGCCAACGAGGAACCUGCUCCACCACCAUUAAAGCUGCCAAAGCUUCACCUGGUUCUAACACGAAAAGAAAUUCAGGAGGACUGGUUGAAGAUCACUGGUCACAAGUAUACCGGCAAACCCAGAAAAUCUUCAUUGAUCCAACGAGGUCUGGGUUUAUGUACGGCUUUGACAUGUCCGUCAUCCAUUCGAUACCUUAAUGAACCCCAGUGUAGCAUUGCAGGUCCCCUGACAGCUAUUGAGAGCAGCGGCGACAGGCUUCUUUAGGCUUUACAGAGCGGGUGAUUGGCUGAUAAUUUAGCAGAUUCGUCACGGGUUCAUUCUUUUGGCUACCACAUCAUAUCAUUUUUUUGAGCCUCCAGUACUUGAAGGAAUAGCAUUUUGUACCAUAGUAUUGAAUAGUAGCGAAUGCAGACUGAAGGAUUAGAGUAGACACUAGCUCCCACAGUGAGGUAGGCCUGCUCACCAUGUUUGUUGUGUCCGCUGGUGUGGCUCUGGUGGUCAUGUAUUACAGAAGGGCGUGAGGUUUUCCGAUCUGGCCUCUCUUAUCAGCAUCCCUGCGCAUAUGCGAGAUAAAUAGUCCUUGUGAAGAUUACAAUGUGGUGACGACGUGACUGUAUCUAAAAUAUAGUUCAGGGUAGUCUCGACUAGUUUGAUGAUAUCUUUCUCAGCUACUGAUACUGACAGCGUGCUGCACUAAGAGGGCUUAGUGUCGUGGCUCUUGAGGAACGUCACCGGGUUCGUGGUCACCAAGCAUGUUCUAUCUCAAUGAACUCGAUAUCUGACGUUGUUAAGUGGAAUUUGCUAUCUUUUGGUUUAUGAAGCAUCUGCUAGAAUUGGAGUGGCACUGUGCCGUCCGAAAUGCGCAAGCUUGGUAGUGUCCUCAGAGAGCACCGCACAGAAUUGUACACUUGGGUUGAACCGAGAUUUUUGCUGAUAUGAUAAUCCUUAUUUUCGAAGUCGGAACCUUUUAGUGCCA